GGCAUCGUUGAUCCGUGGGCUGUGGCGGCGGAGCGCGGCGACGGCGGCGAGCGGUGGCGUAGCAGUCAACCAGGCCGACAUACUACGUAGCGCCCACCCGCAGGCACGGCAGCCCAGCGGGUCACGGAGAGCUCGCCGCGACAGGGACGUGACGUGGGCGCGCACAGCCGCGAGCUGGCUCUACUUGUGGUGGUGGACGGACGGCGCUCUUUUUUUUUUCGUUUCCCCCCUCCCUCCCUCCUCCGCGCUCCGGCUCCGAGCUCCCGCCGUCGCCGCUCGGGGAGCGGCAGAGAAAUGCGACCGCGAUGCCCCCAUUCCUCCUCCCCUCGCUGCUCCUCCCAGCCCUAACCCUACCCCUGCCCCACGCGCCCGCCCGUCGCCGCCACCGCGUCUUCGCCGCCCCGCCCGCCGCCCACAGCUGCGGCCGCCGCGUCUGCGCCGCCCACAGGCCCCCGCCGCGCCAGCCCUACCGCCGCCGGCCCGCCCCGGCCCAGGUCCCGCGCUCGAGCCAGUCCAAUGCGCCACCGCCGCCGCCGCAGCAGGGCGGCCCGCGGGGUCAGGAGGAGCUCGAGGCGGCGAUCUACGACUUCAUGCGCCGCUCCGACAAGCCCGGCGCGUUCCCCACCCGCGCCGAGCUCCUCGCCGCGGGCCGCAACGACCUCGCCGCCGCCGUCGAGUCCAGCGGAGGUUGGCUCUCCCUCGGAUGGUCCUGGUCGUCCUCCGACGACGGCGACGCACGGCGGCCAGCUGCGUCGUCGGCUGGCCCCGGCGCGCACCCUGACUACCCGCCCGAGGCGGGCCCUUCUGGCCGAGCGCCGAACGCGUCGGCGGAUUCAGUAAGGGAGCAGCAGGAACCGACGCCGUCCGGGAGGCAGCCGGUGACGGAGGAGACAGCGGAGGCAGGGUCUGGGGCAGGCCUGGAGGGGAUGCUCACCAGGCUGCGGAGAGAGAGGGAGCGUGCGCGGCCACCGCCACACAGCAAGAAUCAAGCAGGACGGCAAGGUCAAAAUGGCGCUUUAAUGAACCAUAAUGGAGCUCCUGGUCGAAGUCCAACUGAUGGCAUUUACACUCGAAGGGUACCGGAUAAUGGAAAUAUACGUAGCUCUUAUUCUCAAAAUGGAAUACUAGAGGACAAUAAACCAAGUACUUCGGCCAAGGAUGCAUGGCGAACAUGGUCUCUUGACAACAGUCGGUUUUCUGAUUUUCAAGCCGCUGAGAUCGAUCCUUGGAGCAGAGAACUACCGAAACGUGUUGACCUGGACACUGUGUUAAUGCAAGACGAUGUUCCCGGACCAUCUAAUGGUGUGGCUAUAAAUGGUUAUUCUAGUGAUCAUGUAGACUCUGGAAGGGAUGAGAUACAUGCACGUCUUCAAAAUUUGGAAUUGGAUCUUACAGAUGCUCUUAAGACAUUAAAAUCAAGAUUCGAUGGUGUUUCAUUAGAUAUGUCAAAUGGCGAAACAGCAGAUGUGGUAAAUGGGCUCUCUGAUGAUUGGGAAUUUGAAGAGACAAAGGUAAUGCAUGCCCAGGAAGAAUUACGGUCAAUCCGUGCUAAAAUAGCAGUAUUGGAAGGCAAGAUGGCGCUUGAAAUAAUUGAGAAGAACAGAGUAAUUGAAGAGAAGCAAACGAGGCUUGAUGAAGUUGAGAAGGCUUUGAGUGAGCUCCGUACAGUAUAUAUUGUAUGGUCCAAUCCUGCUUCAGAAGUUCUAUUAACCGGGUCUUUUGAUGGAUGGACAAGCCAAAGAAGGAUGGAAAAAUCAGAAAGAGGCAUUUUUUCGUUAAACCUGAGGCUUUACCCCGGUAGAUAUGAGAUUAAAUUCAUUGUUGAUGGUGUUUGGAAGAAUGACCCGCUGCGCCCGACCGUGAACAACCAUGGGAAUGAAAACAACCUUGUGAUUGUCACCUGACCUGCAUCCUUGUGGUUAUUUUUUAGAUUGUAGAUUGUCAUCAACAAAUUGGUGCCAACUGGUUUAGAUUGCUUCUUUCUUGCUUGUAGCUUAUCAUCAGUUUUGCCCUCGGUCGUUUCUUGAUUAUAUUCUUUAUUAGAGAGCCACGUGCAACUUAAACAGUGUAGUAGGGUCAGGGUGUGGUCUUCACCCCGCUGAGAUGAGAGAAGAAUAUAGCCCUGUGUUCUUUCCUACCCCCUCUUUCUCCCUGGAGAAGCAUAGCGGGGCGCCCAAAUGCCCCGGUGGCGGUUGACGGUUGGGGGUGGUUCGCCGUCGGUGUCUUUGUAACGAUGUACAUACAUAUCUGAUGAUAACAAAGUUGUCCAUGGU